AUGUGGGAUCUGUCUCCUGGUGGGUACUUGGUGGCAGCAGCAGGAGCGGCCGGUGGAGGAGGUGCUGGGGACGCUCUGGCCGAAGGAGGAAUCGACACUGGCGGAGGUGGAGGGGUCGACACAGCAGCAGGCUGUCUGAAGACGGAGUGUCCACCUGUUUUGGAGCGUAUGGGUUUCUUGGUGGAGGAGGAGCAGCCGCCACUGGAGCCGCAGCAGCUACUGGAGCAGAAACACCCAGAAGGAAGAGACGAGGCUGGAGAUCUCUUUGGUGGCUGUGUGCUCAAUGCGCUCGGCAAAUCGUUCCAUCCUCCAACGUCCUUCUUGACGUUCGACUUUGGUGGUGGUGGAGGAGUGCCUGCUGCCAAGGAUGGGUUGCCCAGCUGUGGAGACUGUUGCAAUUUCAGAGAGUCCAGAGCCGUCUUUGGUGCGUAUGGGUUGGCACCAAUGGUGGUAGGAACUGGCUUGACGAUGUUUGGAGUCACAGUCGAGCCAACACGUGAGGCAGCAGCGCUAUACGGAUUAGUUUGUGCUGGCAGAACCUGUGGUCUGGCUUGA